UCAAAGUGGACUAUAAACCUGAAAUAAAAUUUCGAUAACUCAUUUAAUCUUUAAUGGAAUCCAACCAUAUUUCCCCUAAAGGCAACGUGACAACCAAUUAGAUCACAGUGCGGGAGCUAGGAAUCAGACUGAUCUGCACCUAUAAAUAAGGUCAGAACCGGCACCAGCACCAUACUACUCUCCAGCCAGUUUUCUUUUCUGUUAUCGUCAUGGCUCGUACAAAGCAGACCGCUCGCAAGUCCACCGGCGGCAAGGCGCCGCGCAAGCAGCUGGCCACCAAGGCGGCCCGCAAGAGCGCGCCGGCCACGGGCGGCGUGAAGAAGCCGCACCGCUACCGACCCGGCACGGUGGCCUUGCGCGAGAUCCGCCGCUACCAGAAGUCCACGGAGCUGCUGAUCCGCAAGCUGCCGUUCCAGCGGUUGGUGCGCGAGAUAGCGCAGGACUUCAAGACCGACCUGCGCUUCCAGAGCUCGGCCGUCAUGGCGCUGCAGGAGGCGUGCGAGGCCUACCUGGUGGGGCUCUUCGAGGACACCAACUUGUGUGCCAUCCACGCCAAGCGCGUCACCAUCAUGCCCAAGGACAUCCAGCUUGCCCGCCGCAUCCGCGGGGAGAGGGCCACAGUACCCGAUCCAGUCGUAGUGAUGUCUGGACGUGGCAAAGGCGGGAAGGGCUUGGGUAAAGGGGGCGCCAAGCGCCACCGCAAAGUCCUGCGGGAUAACAUUCAAGGGAUCACAAAACCUGCAAUCCGUCGCCUGGCUCGUCGCGGUGGAGUAAAGCGCAUCUCAGGUCUUAUUUAUGAGGAAACCCGCGGGGUUCUGAAAGUGUUUCUGGAGAAUGUAAUUCGGGACGCGGUCACCUAUACCGAGCACGCCAAGCGCAAGACUGUCACGGCCAUGGACGUGGUCUACGCGCUCAAGCGCCAGGGACGCACCCUUUACGGAUUUGGCGUAAUGGCGCGUACGAAGCAAACCGCUCGUAAGUCGACCGGCGGCAAGGCGCCGCGCAAGCAGCUCGCCACCAAAGCGGCCCGCAAGAGCGCACCGGCCACGGGCGGCGUGAAGAAGCCGCACCGCUACCGGCCCGGCACGGUGGCCCUGCGCGAGAUCCGCCGCUACCAGAAGUCCACGGAGCUGCUGAUCCGCAAGCUGCCGUUCCAGCGCCUGGUGCGCGAGAUCGCGCAGGACUUCAAGACCGACCUGCGCUUCCAGAGUUCGGCCGUGAUGGCGCUGCAGGAGGCGUGCGAGGCCUACCUGGUGGGGCUCUUCGAGGACACCAACCUGUGUGCCAUCCACGCCAAGCGCGUCACCAUCAUGCCCAAGGACAUCCAGCUCGCCCGCCGCAUCCGCGGCGAGAGAGCAUAAAUUAUUGUUGCCAACAAGUGCCAACUUAAAACCCAAAGGCUCUUUUCAGAGCCACCUAUAAUUUCACUUUGAGGAACUGUAUCACAAGGGAGUAGAAAAUCCGCCCGAGCCCCACCAAGGCAAGGCUGGAGGAGGGCCGAACUCCCUUCUCCCCCAAGUAUUCCAUGUACCAACCCCAGGAAAGGACAAUCACCCCUGCACACUCUGUCUUCCAUAUGAGAACAGGACAUUGACUCCUGAAACUACUUUUCCUCUGCAAUCCUUAAAAGUUAUUUGAGAAACAGCCAGGGGAAAAUAGGUGAUAUAUAAAUAUUCUUA